AUAAAUGGACGCGAUCUUUUCUUUACGUUCCCGUCUGGAAACCAUCGACCUCCCGCUUUGCUGCUUUAGCAGGAGGCAGACCGUCAGUGGGAAGGCUCUGUCGCCUGGAUGACAAAGAAGUAUUUGCAUCAAGGCCAGCAGAUUAAACGUGUGGGUUGGGAACUGGAGAGAGCGUGUUGUCUCGCUCGGGGCCCCUCCGAUGCCAGAGUUCCCGCUUUCAUCACGCAGGGCUUCAUGUUCAGUGCGUCCUUGCUGGUGUGCUGCUUCCUACUGCAGAGGAGCCUUGCCACCACAGAGGGGCAUCAUGGGACCAAGCGCCAGGUCUUCUAUGCUGUCCAAAUGAAAGGAGGCUCCAAAGCUGCCCGCUCUCUGGCCGAGCAACAUGGGCUGGAGUUCAUUCAGCGGGUCGGCAGCCUGGAGGGCCUGUACACACUGAGAGACAGCAGGGGGCGCCCUGAUAGAGACACCUUUGAGGGGAGACUUGGGACUGCAGCAGGGGUCAUCUGGGUGCAAAGGCAACGCAGUCUUUACAGAGCCAAGCGGGUGCCGCUGACGGGACAAGACUAUGAUCAGGCAAAAAGAUCCCAAAGGAAACAAUCUACAGCAGACGGCCCUUCUGAGGAGAGAAAGGAUGACCAGUCCCUCACCUUCAAUGACCCACUGUGGCCCAUGCAGUGGGAAUUGUUUGCACAGGGUGAAUACAACCUCAGCGGGUUUGACCUCAACCUGAUGCCAGUUUGGAAGAACAACAUCACUGGGAAUGGGGUGGUCGUCACCAUCAUCGAUGACGGUGUGGAUCAUACAAACUUGGAUUUGAAGAAAAACUUUGAGGCCCUCGCCAGCUAUGACCUGCGUGCCUCUCAUGGUCUGUCUCAUGAUCCGAUGCCUGUCAGAGAUGAGGAGAACAGUCACGGUACCCGUUGUGCAGGAGAAAUCGCCAUGGAGGCCAACAACUCCUACUGUGGUGUGGGCAUCGCCUUCAAUGCCAGGAUAGGAGGCAUCCGUUUGCUGGAUGGCACUGUCACAGAUGCCAUGGAGGCCUCAGCUCUGACCUAUAACAUGCACUUCAUUGACAUCUACGUCUGCAGUUGGGGCCCACGAGACAACGGGGCCGAGAUGGACGGGCCGCAACGCCUGACAGCGCAAGCCCUCCGGCUAGGAACUCACAAGGGUCGACAGGGGAAGGGCAACAUUUUUGUGUGGGCAUCAGGCAAUGGUGGAAUGCAGCAAGACCACUGUGGUGCAGAUGGGUAUGUCAACUCCAUCUACACCAUCGCUAUCGGAGCGAUCACUCAGGCCGGGAAGCCCGCCUACUUCGGUGAAUCCUGUCCUGGAGUGAUAGCAGUAACCCUGACUGGGGCCAGCAAUGGAAUCUCACUGCCUUUGGUGACUGUGACCAACAUGGGUGAUGGAUGUGUCACACGCUUCCCAGGAACCUCCAGUGCUGCUCCGAUUGCUGCGGGAAUUCUAGCUCUUGCCUUGGAAGUAAAUCCAUUGUUGACAUGGAGAGAUGUUCAACAUCUGAUCGCCAUGACAGCCAAGAUUCCAGACCCUGAGGAGGUGGGCUGGACUAUCAAUGCAGCAGGAUACCAUGUUCACCACAGGUAUGGUUUUGGAGUGCUGGAUGCUGGGCUGAUGGUGCAGCAGGCUGCACGGUUCCACAGAGCUGCUCCACAGAGAAAGUGCAAACAAGAGGUCACAUUUAAGUCUCCCAGACUUUUCUCUGCUAGAGGUCAAGUGAGCAUCAACAUUGAAUCUGAUGCCUGCCAGGGGACGGCCAAUGAAGUCAAUACGCUGGAGCAUGUGCAGGUGAGAGUGAGCCUUACUGCACCGUGUCGAGGUGACCUGUCCAUAAGUCUGGAGUCUCCCGGUGGAACCGUUUCUCUGCUGCUGGACACUCGGCCCAAUGACGACUCGGCCGCUGGCCUGAAGAACUGGACCCUGAUGACGCUGCACUGCUGGGGAGAGCAGCCCAGAGGCCUGUGGACCCUUAAGGUGUCUGACCAUAACGGCACGGUGUGGGACUGCACGAGGCAGAGUGAAGAGAAGGUUCCAAGAGCUCUGCAUAGCAUCACACUCAUCCUGUAUGGUACCCAUCUACCACAAAAGCAGGGGCCCCUGGACAGCAUUGUGUCCAUGGGGGGGCAUCACCCCAUCCCUCAUGGAGGGCUGUACAAGAGGGACGGUUUCCCUCCUCUGGAUCUGCUUCAGUGGGUCUACCAAAUGGAGAGAAACAGGAAAGUGAGAGCAGGCGACAUCGCGUUGCCAGCCAAGCACAAGACUUUGGGAACUACAAGAGACAGAAUGACAAACAUGACCUUCAUCAAGCACCAGACAUCGAGGAAGGCUUUAAAGCUACAACCAGCAGAUGUUCUACAGAUGUCCUCCCUAAGACGCAGACCUGUCCCUAAGAUGAAGGAGAUGGAGCGACAGAGCAGGUCCUUGUCGUCACAAAUUGUAAAGGAUUUCACCGUGAAGAAGAGGAAACUACUGGAUUCUUCUAAUCCACUUGGCGAAGCAGAAAAGUAGGAGGGUGAUAGCGGUGUGGGGGGUAGCUGAAGACACAACAUGACCCGUGGUUAAAUAAGGGCUGCUGUUUUCCUUUGUGCAGCAAACCAAUUGAUCAUUAAUCGAUGUGUGUACUGUAUUUCUGCCUCGUGACCGCCCUGUCAGCUGUGAUCAUGCUUGUGAAUGUCUAACCCAAACCCUCUCCCACCUGCCCCAAUCCCUCCCCUGCAAAAAGAAAAAAAAAAAACAGCAAAUAAUUUAAAGAAAAGCUUUCAGUGCUCAUCUCAAGCUCCUCAGUUUGCCCCCUGCAAGUUGCAAAGGGUUAGCGAGCGAUAUGUUUGUCUUUUUCCACUUCAGUGAAGGGUGAAUUCAGCUCGCCGCAAUAAGAAAUGGAUUACCCGUUCAUUAAGGGGGCUGCGUCACUCCUCAUUGAGCUGGACAAAUAACAAAUUAAUUCCUAGCCGCCUAAUUUCUCUCUGUUCUCUGCUGAAUUUUUCGAUAGCGUCGAAUUACUGAUCACAGCCGCGUGAGCUCCCUCAACUUUUUAUCAAUUUAUUAAAUAAAAUAUGCCACAGUGGGGAUCAGGUGAAAAAGGGAAAAAUGUCUUCCUGUUUUUUACGACUGCAAGCAAAAAAAAAGGAGAGCUGGAGAAAAAAAAACUGUAAAAGUUAUUUUUACUACUAUCAUAGUAUUUUAUCAGGACAUCUCAAUCUCCUUCUAUCAGUCAAGUGCAGGUCAGUUGCUCGUGGUGUUUUGUAAAGUAGCGGUGGUGUAUUGACAGGCUGGUAUUGAUGUUUCAAUUAGAGCGGCGUUACAUAGUGCUGCAGCAUGGUAACACGGUGCAUCUCCUGCCAUCUGCUCUGCCUCCACGUCUGACGAACGAGGCACGUGGGGCUAAUCGAGCCGCACAUGAGCGAUGGCACCACGAUAUCUGUCUCACACACACAGACACACACACGAACAUCCUAUGCGCACGUCCUUAUGCAGAAAAAAUGGUGCUUAGGAAGUGGGGGAGCUCCUCUGCUCUGCUGUUUAAAGAGCACCGCAGAAAAGCUUGGGUUUCCUCCCCUCAUCUUGUGCCACAGGAGCAGCCAGCAGGUUAUUUCUCUGACAUGGAUUCGGGCUAAAGCACCAGAUGCACGAGAUGAAAUUCUUCAAAAGCUCCUCUUGAUGAAAAGACAAAAAAAGGAAAUGGCCUGUGCCAGGUUUCUGUGCGCUGGGACAGCCUGAAAUAACACUGUGCAUUAUGCCUGGCAUUACUGCCUGCCAAACCACACGAAUCAAAGGCCUCAUUGUGUGGAUUACCUUGUUAAUCUGCUGAUGCCAUUGAGCAGUAUUGCAGGUGUUAAUGUGCCAGAUUUUUUUUUUUUCCAUCUCUCUCUCUCGCUCUCUCUUCUUUUAUUGGGGAGGUGUAGCGUCAGGUUUGUAAUCUGCUUUAAAUGCUUUCUGGGGAAUGACACACUGAAACUCUGCCAAGAGAUUGCGAAGAGCUCUCUGUUAAAACGGCACAGGGAGGGGACGCGGGGCGCUGAAGCCUGUGGGGACGAGCUGGUGAGCUGCACGCCCCACACCACUUGUUGAAAUAUAGGGCUGCAUGAAUAAUGAAAGAGGGAGAGGGAAGCGAUAUUGCUAAAGCAGCCCCACAAUGACAUCCAUCAUAGUAAUGCCCCAUCGCUCUGCUUCUUUUGUCUCAUCCUGCACUAACUCCAAGUUGCGUCUCUUUGGAGAAGCGAGCUCGGAGUCGUGCUCUGUAUCUGCCUGGGCUGAUAGACCAGAAACGGGGGAAGCCAAAAGAGAUAGAUAAAUGCACAGAAAGAGAGAAAAGUGGAGAGAGUGAGACAGAAAGAGAGGUAAUCCAUGCUUCUUUUCUGCUCCCCGGGGUGGUCUCUUCAUCCAGGGCCUCAAAGAGCCACAGAAUACACCUCCCUGCUACAAUGGAGGGGACCCACAGGGGCUGUUGCUAUUUGAGUGUGUAUGUGUGCGUAGUGGGGGUGCAGCUUUAAGCAGGCCUUUGAGUGGCCUAAUUGCAUUGGAAUACAGCAGCCUGAGAGCUGAUUCAGAUCACGACGGGCUGCUGGAGGGGUUAGGGCCCGCACCUCGACAGCCACACUCAGCAAAAGAGCCCCGACACAAAGCGCACAAUUAAUGCUCUCCCUCUCGUUAACUCUCUCCCCACUUUUUGUCCUUUUCCUACUUUUUAUCUCAUCCCCCUCCUCUUGCUCGGUCUCCUCCCCAGCUCCAUCCAUCCCUUCUCCUGACCGAACGGCUCAGUAUGUCGUCACUCACCCACCGUAUUAAUCCUCCCAUGCAGCCUGUCAAUCUCCCCAUCUUUGAUGGACUCAACAAUUACAGUAAAGAUGAAAGGCGUGGGCGGCCGCCUCCCAUUAUGUAAGACUUUCAACAGGCCAAAGAUAAAAAUGACUGACUUGCAAGCGGCUAAACUGAAAUCAAAACUUUUACCGGCAAAUAAAAUAUCUGGACGUGUGCUGUUUCACACAAUCUGCACUGAAAAAGCAGAAACUAAACACAUAAAAACUGAAAUAAAUGGCUUAAUUUAAACAACUAAAAACUGAGAUGUUUUGUAUCCAUACCAAGAAAACCAGCUUUUAGAACAGAAACAAGUAAUUCUCCCUACAUAAU